GAAGCAGCGAUGCGCGCGUCUGACAUUCUUUUGCCCAUCGCGGCUGCCAGCAUAGUUGCUGGCUCACCUAUAAAUUUCGAAGAGCGUGAUGCUAACACAUGUACAAUCAAAAGCAUUCAGUCUAUUGUCACCAAACUGAAUCCUUCUGUGGUCGCUCCGUACUGCCAGUCUCUCCUCAAAGUUUCUACAAAGACUGUGACCAAAACUUUGAAACCCUCCAUUCCUUCGAAACAUGUCGUGACAGCGACUGUGUCCAAAACAGUCACUUCGACUAACCAUAUUUUGACACUGUCGACCAGCAGCAAUCUAUCAUCGUCAAGCAUGACUCCAUCGAGCUCAUCGAACAGCAUCCAUCCAAGCUCGACAUCGUCUUCUGGCAGCAACAGAAGUCCAACGACGAGUUCAUCAAGCAGUAUUGAUUCACUUUCAUCCACGUUUGCCAGUAUGUCAAGUGUGAGUUCUUCAAGCACUCGGACUACGUCUAGCUCCAGCAGUCCAACCAGCGGAAACUCACGCACGAAUGCCAUCAUGGCAUCAACUUCGAGUUCUGUCUCUAUUUCGGAGACUGACUCAACAUCGAGAUCAGAGACUGCCUUAAGCUCACCAAUCGCCUCGCCAUCAUCGUCGUCUGUGACGAGUAGCAGUCAAUUCACCUCGAUGUAUCCAACCUCAGGCCCUUCGAGUAACACUACGACCUCCACCAACGGAACCUUCUUCUCAAACACGACGUCGAUGGCCACUGCAUCACCUUCAGGAUUUGCCAACAUUUCGUCAAGUACAGGGAUGAGUAGACGCGACUUGGAAGAGCGCAGAAAUAUAGUCGUGUCGACCAAGAAGACGACCAGCAUCAAGAAAGCGACAUCGACGAAGAAACCCAGCACUACUAGUAAGAAGCCAAUUGUGAAGAAGGCUACCAGUACCCAAAAGUUAUCGAGCUCGAAAAAAGCCAGCACAAGUCUCAAGACGACCAGCACCAAGAAGGUGGCGACUACUAGCAAGAAAGCCAGUACGUCGUUGAAACCUGUCUCUACAUCGAAAAAGGCUACCUCGAGUACAAAUUCUGUCAAGACUCCAAGCGUACCCAUCAACAAGGGUCAGCCAGCACAGUUCAAUGGGCUCAACAAUGCACAGCAGUCAAGCAUCUGUAGCUGCUUGCACGUGCCCACACCUACCUUCACAAGGAGCAUCUUCAUGGACACAUUCACUACGGUUACGUCGACAGUCACGGCUGUUCACACCGUGGUCAGUUCGACUACGACGACAGCAUACCACACUACGACUGCAAGACCUGACCUCUUCUACAUGCAAGUCUCGAGCAAGAGCAAGACAUCAAUUGACAGAGAAUGGGCGGUACUGCCAGGAGGAGACGAACUUCUUGAGUUCACGUCAAGCAAGGCGGGAGCCAGCGAGUUCUUCUUCGCCGAGCCUGAUUUGCUCGUCGAGUUCCGAUCAAACUUCUUGGCCAAUGUCGAGGNNGGAGGGGAUUGGGCCACGUCUUUCUGGAUGAAUCCGGUCUCGCGUAUGUACAACGUGUCUGCGGUGCCGCUAGCUUGCCGCAAUCAGGGUGGAGAGCUCUCAUGCAAGAGUGGUGAUCUCGAGCAGCUGUACUGGUGCACAGUUUGGGGGACAACAUCUCUGGUCCUUGGACCUUCUACCUACAACAAUGGGUUGUGCAAGCCUGUAUCGCUGGACAUUGUACCGGCAUGA